GCUUAAUAAAAUUGGAUUGUGUGAAUGAGAAAUUAGGCCUUAAUGGUUUGGCCUUGCUUAAGAUGGAGCUCCAAGAGAAGUGGGUCAGAUUGGAUAGAGUCAAAACUCUGUUUCACGAUCCGUGAGACUUGGUCUCUUUGUUUUCGUGAUCAAGUGGAGAGUUGUGGAGAGUUGGAUUUCUUUGAGAGAUCGUCGCUUCUUCACGUCGCCCACCUCCUAGAUUUGCGAUGGACUAGGUAAGGUUGUGGAGAAUCUAUUUCAAACCCAAGUCAUCCAAGACCUCUAUAUAAACACAAGUUCAAGAGACUUAGAACAGAAACAUCCAGCAAUCUCUCUCUCAAAAAACAUGGCCAGUGAAGACUUGAACGUCUCCACCGGAGCUGACGUGUGUGUGGUAGUCACAGAGGCUAAUGUUGCCGAGACCACCAUCAAUGGGACUGGGACUGAAAUCCAGUUUUGUACUCUUCCUCCGGUGAAAGUAGCGGUACUUGAGCCGAUACCAGCUGCAGUCCCUGAACCGAUGACUACUUGUGCUAUAAGCGCAGGAUGGAUGCCAGAAAAGUUUGAUGGGAACGGGUUCAAGGCGUGGCAACAGAAAAUGUGUAUCCUUCUGACCAUGUUGAACCUAAAUAAGUAUGUGAAAGAGGACGCACCAGUUCUCUCACCGGAGAAUAAGGAUCCGCUCUACCUUGCCAGCGUGAAUACGUGGAGCCAUGCAGAUUUUCUAUGCAAGAGUUAUAUUCUGAGCUGCUUGACAGACCCGUUGUACGUUGUAUACAAUAAGGUCAAAACUUCUAAAGACCUUUGGGAUGCUUUAGAGAAAAAGUAUAAGGUCUCGGAUGCAGGCUUACUAAAAUAUGCUAUGGCAAACUUUUUUGACUUUAAAAUGGUCGAUUCAAAACCUAUCAUGGAACAAGUGGAAGCACUGCAAUUUCUUAAGAACGAGAUAGAUUCUGCGGGGAUGUUGAUUAGUGAAAGUUUAAUGGUCAAUCAUCUUAUUGAAAACCUCCCUACAAGUUGGUUGGAUUUCAAGAAUUAUCUUUUUCAUAAAAAAAUGUUAUUUCCCUCGAAGACUUGAUUGUCAAACUGCGAGUUGAAUCACUAAUCCGCAUCGAGAAAAAUGUGGACGUGGUGUAGCAUGGAUAAUAAUGGAUUUGUUUGUGAUGGGUUA